UCAGUCAGUCAAAAAAAGUAGUCGGUGGAAUCGAAUGGAUUUGUGGUCGUUGUGUCAAUGAAAAAUUAUUAUAUUGUUCCGAAUAAUUACUAAUUUAAUAUAAAAUUAUACAAAGUCGUACUUGCGUAAACAAUUUUUAAAAGUGCUAAACCUUUUAUAUUAAUUGAAAAAUACAUAUUUCGAUUCGUGGAAGUGGGUAUAUAUUUUUUUAAAAUUACAUUGUGAAGAAGGUAUUCUCUGUAAAAUACGAUCAAGCAGUUGAAAAUACAAAGUGCCACAGUGUGAACGUCAUGCACGUGUCGAAUUCCUGAGAUUGUAAGAAGUAAUUUGCCUGGAGAAGGUUUCAGGACAGAAGAAUGGAGGGAGUGAAGAAGAAAGGUCGUCCGCCGCAUCCGAGGGCGAAGGCCAACCCUCUGUCGGCGCUGACGUUCGCCUGGACCCUCCCUCUAUUUUGGAGUGGACUAAAGAGGGAGAUGGAAGAACAAGAUCUGUUUGAACCCUUAGCGGAACAUUCCUCUGGGCCAUUAGGAGAUAAAUUUGCUCGUCUUUGGGAGGAAGAGGUGGCUCGAGCCAGUGGCAAACGCACGCCCAGUUUGCUCAGAGUGAUCUUACGAGCGUACGCUGCUCGUUGCAUGCUCUAUGGCUUCGUACUACUCUUCAUGGAGUGCGGAAUACGGGUCGCGCAACCGGUGUUUUUGGGGAAGCUAGUGGAAUAUUACACUCCUCAUCAGGACUCGGUGAACCAAAAUGAAGCGUAUAUGUAUGCGGGCGCGGUGGUGCUCUGCUCAGCCCUGAACGUGUUCGUCGUGCACCCCUAUAUGAUGGCUAUCCUUCACAUGGGCAUGAAGUUCAGGGUCGCCUGUUGCUCGCUUAUAUAUAGAAAGUCCCUCCGUCUAUCAAAAACGGCGUUGGGCGAGACGACGGUGGGCCAGGUGGUGAACCUUCUAUCCAACGACGUGAACCGUUUCGACGUGGCCAUCAUAUUCCUGCACUACCUAUGGAUCGGCCCGCUGGCCACUGUCAUCGUCACAUAUUUCAUGUGGGAGGAGAUCAGCUGGGCCGCCAUUGUUGGUGUCGGCUUCAUGCUUGCGUUCAUACCCCUGCAGGCCUACCUGGGCAAGCGCACGUCUGUGUUGCGAUUGAAGACGGCACUUCGGACGGACGAGCGUGUUCGUCUCAUGAACGAGAUCCUCUCAGGCAUCCAGGUCAUCAAGAUGUAUACUUGGGAGAAACCCUUCGCGGACCUCGUAGCUAAGGCUAGGAAACACGAAAUCAAACAAAUCCGCGCGACGUCAUACAUCCGCGGCGUGUUGACGUCGUUCAUAAUGUUCACGACGCGCAUCUGCCUGUUCUGCUCGAUCCUGGCGUACGUGCUGGUCAACAACGUGAUCAGCGCCAAGCAGGUGUUUGUUGUCACCAGCUUCUACAACAUACUGCGACAAACCAUGACCGUGUUUUUCCCCCAAGGUAUAGCACAAGUAGCAGAAGCGACGAUCUCAAUAAAGCGCUUACAGAAUUUCAUGUUGUACGAAGACACAAGCAAACCCGUGCCCGGUUUAGCCGAAAUUCAGACAUCGACCAAACCACCGAAACAGCUGUUGGACGCUGAGAAGGAACCUAUAAUUAAAGAACUUCCAGAGAAGUCGAAAGAAGAAUUAUUAGAGAAAGAACAGCCUGCAACUGAUGGCGUUGAGGAUGAAGCUAAAGGAAAUGGUAAAGCGAUGCUAGCCCCUCUAGAAUCAGGUGAGGAGGACAACGAAGAACUAGCAGCGAGUGGGGCGGACGCGCGCUCCGUGCGCCUGCGCCACGCUACGGCCAAAUGGGUCGCCACGCACUCGGAAAACACGCUCACUGAUCUAUCACUCACCAUCAAACCUGGCAAGAUGAUCGCAGUGAUAGGCCCAGUGGGCGCGGGCAAGUCGUCGUUGCUGCACGUGUUACUGCGCGAGCUGCCGCUGCAAACCGGCUCGCUGCACGUUGGAGGCUCCGUCUCCUACGCUAGUCAGGAGCCUUGGCUAUUUGCUGGCAGCGUCCGCCAGAACAUUCUAUUCGGGCAGGCGAUGGACCGGCCGAGGUACAACGCUGUGGUGCGGCGGUGUGCGCUCGACCGCGACUUCCAACUGUUCCCGCACGGAGACAAAACUGUUGUCGGAGAGAGAGGCGUCUCUCUUAGUGGAGGUCAACGUGCCAGAAUCUCCUUAGCCCGAGCGGUAUAUAAACGCGCAGACAUCUACCUGCUGGAUGACCCGCUAUCAGCAGUGGACUCCCACGUGGGCCGUCAUCUGUUCGAGUCCUGUCUAUGUGGCUACCUUCGCAAUACCACGCGGGUGCUCGUCACGCAUCAGCUGCAAUUCCUUAGAGACGUCGAUCAGAUAAUAAUCCUGAAAAACGGCACGAUAGCGGCUGCGGGUGACUUCGAGACCCUAAGUGCAUCUGGCAUGGACUUCGCUACACUAUUGGAGCGCGACGAGGGGGAGGACGACAAGCCCCCACCGGACACCACGGCACAGACUGACGAGGAGUCACUACACGGCAGCUUCAGGAAGCGACAGAUGAGCAUACACUCCGUGAGUUCAGUAGACAACCUAACAGCGACGGCGCCGCCAGAAGGCACGCGAGAAGAAGCGGAGUUGCGUUCAGCGGGCGCGGUAUCAGGCGCAGUUUAUGGCGCGUACCUGCGCGCGGCCGGCCACCCGCUGCUGGUGGCGCUGAUGUGCAGCGUGGCUGUGCUCGCGCAGCUGCUCGGCUCCGGCUCCGACUGGUGGACCAGCUACUGGGUGAACCUGGAAGAAGAGAACCCUAACCGUGUUAUAAAUGCGUUGAGGACGGGUGACAACACGACCCACGGUCCCCUGGAGUCUGUAGGCAACGUUACCGACGCCCUCAUAGACGACGCCGUCUACCUCGGAUCCGGUCUCACGCGAUACCAGUGCAUAUAUAUUUAUUCAGGCAUGGUGAUCGCGCUAGUAAUCGUAUCCUUGCUCCGUUCGUUCAUGUUCUUCUCAAUGGCGAUGCGCGCGUCGACCCGGCUGCACAACAAUAUGUUCGCGGCGAUCACUCGUGCGCCGAUGCGCUUCUUCCACGUCAACCCUUCUGGCCGGAUCCUCAACAGAUUCUCUAAGGACAUGGGCGCUGUUGAUGAAGUGUUGCCUUCGGCUUUGUUGGAUGUCCUGCAGAUCGGUCUCUCCCUAAUCGGUAUCGUGGUGGUGGUAGCAGUAGUAAACUACUGGCUGCUAGUGCCGACAGUGGCUAUAGGCGUGGUGUUCUACGGGCUGCGCAUCUUCUACCUGGCCACCUCGCGCACCAUCAAGCGCCUCGAGGGUGUGACGCGCAGUCCUGUGUUCUCUCACCUGAACGCCUCCCUACAAGGCAUUACCACUAUCCGAGCGUUUGGCGCACAAGAGGUGCUCAUACGCGAAUUCGACAACCAUCAGGACCUGCACAGUUCUGCUUGGUACAUGUUCAUCGCGAGUUCACGUGCGUUCGGGUUCUGGCUGGACCUAGUGUGUGUCGUGUACAUUGCCGUUGUCACGCUCAGCUUCCUCGUCAUGGGAAAAGAGGAAUACGGUGGCAACGUCGGUCUGGCCAUAACGCAGGCGAUGGGCCUCACCGGCAUGUUCCAGUGGGGCAUGCGGCAGUCCACCGAGCUGGAAAACCAGAUGACCAGCGUCGAAAGAAUACAAGAAUACUCUAAGGUCGAAUCGGAACCACCUCUUCAAUCGGAGCCCAAUAAGAAGCCACCGCCGUCUUGGCCGGAGCAAGGCCGCAUUCAAUUCCGGCACGUAUUCCUCUACUACGCAGCUGGCGAGCCAGCCGUAUUGAAAGACCUCACACUGGAUAUAAAUCCCAAGGAAAAAGUGGGCAUCGUGGGACGAACUGGUGCCGGCAAGUCCUCACUCAUCAAUGCGCUCUUCAGGUUAGCAACAAUAGAAGGGGACAUUAUAAUCGACGGGCGCGAGACGUCCAAGCUGGGGCUCCACGAGCUCCGCAGCCAGAUCUCCAUCAUACCGCAGGAGCCGGUGCUCUUCUCCGGGACCAUGCGGCAUAACCUCGAUCCUUUUGAUGAGUACCCCGACCAGAUACUCUGGAGAGCGCUUGAGGAGGUGGAACUAAAAGAAGCAGUGAUGGAGUUACCAGCGGGCCUCAGUUCGCGCAUGUCUGAAGGCGGCGGCAACUUCUCGGUCGGCCAGCGGCAGCUGGUGUGCCUGGCGCGCGCCAUCGUGCGCCGCAACCGCCUGCUGGUUCUCGACGAGGCCACCGCUAACGUCGACCCACAAACGGACGCCCUGAUUCAGACAACAAUUAGAAACAAAUUCGCCGAUUGUACCGUGCUUACAAUCGCGCAUCGUCUCCAUACUGUUAUGGAUUCGGAUAAGGUUCUAGUAAUGGACGCGGGACAGAUGGUGGAGUUCGACCACCCGCAUAUACUGCUACAGAAGCCGGACGGUAUCCUGCGUAGUAUGGUGGAUCAGACAGGAAGGCACAUGGCAGAGACCCUCGGCAGGAUCGCACACCAGGCAUACGAAAAGAAGCAUAAAUCGCAAACAGCAACUUCUUAAUAGUUAUCAUCAUUAGCUGUAGGUUACGGUAAGGCGUUCCUAUAACAGAAACGCGUACAAAAUACAAUGUAACGGAAAGGUGGCGGCCGCCGGCGCCGCGCCGCCGUACAAUAAGUAAAACUAAUUGCGUAUUGUCACAAUGUCGGCUGUUAUGUGACUGUUUUAUUUAUACGAUACGAAUUAUAUUUUAAGAAUAUUUUAAACGUAAUUAAUUCCUAUAGAUGAAUUAUUACUAACAUCCAAGUGAGAUUUUUAUAGGGGAAUUGAAUACCAAAUUGUUAAGUGAGAACUGCUUACAAUAUUAUAUUGUCAAUAUACCUAUCUCGAAUAAUGAAAUAGCUGAAAUUUUGUAAGGAUUUUUGCUACAAGCAAUGUCAUGGUCCAAAUAAUAUUCCGAGCUUUAUACAAGACAAUUUAGGUGCUAAUUGUAAUGUGUACUUAAUUUUAAGUAAAUUAUACAAAUGUUAUUCGCAAUGGACGCUAUGUACUUUGUACUGUCUAAAUAAUUGAAGGAUUUGUCUGAUGAGAUCAUGUCUACUUACAAAAUGUACUUAGUUUGUUGAAGUCCUCGUGUGAAACUAAGUUACUUAAGCAGUGGCUGUUUUUGAUAAUUGUAAUUUUAUUUGUAAUAUUUUUAUGCAGUGAUAUUUUUAAUUUCUGAGUGAUAUUUGCUGUAUUUGAUUAUGUUAUUUAUGAAGUGCCUGCUAUUGAAAUUAGGUAGACAUAACUAUGAAUCUGUUGGUUGUUGUUUAUAACAACAAAAUACAGUUAUAUGUCAACAUA